CACCACAUCCCCUCCACCCGCUCCGUAAAGGUUUUAAAGUGCGUCGGGGAGGUGGCACCCUGGCUUACAUGCUAACACGCCGCCGCAGGAGGAGAAAGAGGAGGAAAGGAUAUUUUGGGGGGGAAAACUGUCGACUCUGGAAGGAGAAGAGUAAAGGGGGACCUGUAUGGCAAAAGGAGAGCUGCAAUUGUGGGCGUGUUCCCAGCUAUAAUUGGCCUCGACUCGUACCUGCUCCUGGCAUCGCUGCAUGAGCCUCACCGCACACGCAAACACGCACGCACGCACACACACACGCCAACACACCUGUCAACUGCUGUCGGCUCAGCAAGUGCUCUCCUCUCUCCAGAUGUCGCAACCGAUGAGGGUCAACGUCUGCUUGCUGGUGCUGCCAGCCAUGUCACUGCUGCUCUUCUCUCCCGUCGGUCGCAGUGACGAGAAUGUCACCCUCAGCCCGGGCUGUCACUUGCACCGUGAGUCCCGAACCGCACAGCCGGCGCGAAAAAUACGUCACGCCGCGCAGUCGAACGAUCUCAGAUUUGACCUUUUCCAUGUCAGUUAUCGCUCAGCGAGCCAUUUGUGCAUUUCAGCUUUCAACGUGAGCAUCCGCAGCGACCAGCGAGGCACGUGUCGGGGCACCCACCUUGCGCACGCCUGCGUGGGCUACUGCGAGUCCAGCGCCUUCCCGUCCAGGUACUCGGUGCUGGUGGCCUCGAACUUCACGCACAACAUCACGUCGGCGUCGCGAUGCUGCACCAUCGCCAAGGAGGCAAAGGUCAAAGUACGGCUGGAGUGUCCUGGGGGCCGUCACCACGACGAGUUGGAGAUCCUGACGGCCAAGGCGUGUCGCUGCGACAUGUGCCGCACGUCCCGCUACUGACCGAAAACCAGGAUUGGAGCUCACAUUACAGUUGACUGCUGCAUGACAGAAAUGACAUAUCAAAUCAUUAUGACAAGAGCAAAUCAUGUUGAAAAAAAAAAAAAAAAAAGGAUUCCACGUUUUACAAUAAACACUAACCAGAAACAGAAAGACAAAAGAAUGUAAAAGCACCAAAUAUUUAUUUGUUUGAUUGUCAUGAUUUUUUGGGGGGUAAAUUAUAUCUAUUGUUGGAACCAAAGAGUGCUCGGAAUGACUUUAAAGGAAAGAUAGAAAUAUUGAAUAUUUUUUACACUGUGUGAAUUAAAAAUAAAGCCUUUGAAAUU